CCAGGCUCCUAAAAAUCUUGAGUCCGCGUCUACUGUCCCUACCCUCCCAAGCAAGUACUUAGUCACCCCUGAUCAUGAUUAGGCAGGAAUGGCGGACGAUGCUUGCCUUGUCGAUUUCGAAGAAGUUCCUGAUACUUCUUACGAUCCGAGACAAGAUAUUCCAUCACUGCCGCUAAGAGAUGAAGAUGUUACUUCCGGUGCAAAUUUUUCGUUUCUACAAGACACCGGAGGAAAUACGAGUGAACAGGAAAGAGUAGUUCCUGAUCUCAUAAUCGCUGUUUAUGUCGUACAAUUCGAUACAAGAAGAGGAAAUGAAAUAGAAUGGAAACAUCCCAGAUCAGUGGAUUUAACUGGAGUGGAGUUCAAAGCCCUGGCCAGUGGUUCACACACAAUCACAAAAGACUUCAUAUACUUCAAAACCAGAGAUGGUCUUUAUGGACUUAGUUGUUAUGAGAGAAUAGCUGUUGAUAAUGUGGCGGAGAGAGGUGCCAGAAUGAAGUCAGUGGGUAUCCUUUGUGCAAAGUACACAUCUCUACAUGAACACAUACCAUUUCUUGAAGAGGAAGUUAGGAGGCAGCUUGAAAACCCUGGACAUUAUGAGGACUUAGAAAACUACUACCACAGUUAUAAGAACUGCGUUCUUAGAAAUAAUUACAUUCCUUCUCCAACUCUUGAGAAGGCUCCAGGGCUGGAGGAAAUACCAGUGUUGAGGAUCACACAUCCAGCUGGGUGUUUUCCUCAGUUUAUCAAGUUCUUUGGAGAACACAUAUUUGUACUUUGGAAAUUUGUGCUGCUACAAAAAAGAAUUUUAUUCUUUUCUCCACCUCCUGUGGGAGUGGCUUGUUACAGAGUUUACUGUGCGUGUUUGUUGGCAAGCCAUGGAAUUCCAUUUGGUUUUGAAACUGGUAGUAACCCUCUCUUUUUUACUAAUGUUUGUGACCUAAGUGCACUACAAGAGGAACACAAAUACAUUGCAUGUACCACAGAAAAGAUUUUUGAGAGUAAAUUGGAAGUGUAUGAUGUUUAUGUUGAUAAUCAGAAUAUAAAGUGCAAACCACACUUGAGUUGGAUUGCGCAUUUUAAUAAUGCUGACAGAGAUCGGCUAGAACAAUUGGACAUCUUCAGGUGAGAGAGAAACGCUUACUUUAUAGGAAUCCAGUGCUACAAUCCUUCCUCAACUUUAAACACAAUCUACUGAACCCAGUCUGGCCUUGUAUAGGCUAUUAGAUGGUGGGAGAGGAGUAAGUUACAGCAUUUGGAAACACAGGAAAUGAAAGAGGACUGAUGUUUUUGCUCAGAAUGCUUUAAGUUGGAAUUUUCAUUAUUUAGUAUCUCUCCUGUUAAUGAAGGGGGAGACACAGUAACCUGAUUUCAAUGUGUUUCCAACCACUCCACUGAAUGCUCCAGGUAGAGCUCAGGCCAUACCUCACUAGAUUAGAGUCCCAUGUCUCAUCAAGGAGUAUAUGGUUGUAAAAUUUUUUGGGGGAAGUAAGGGGGAGGGGUAGCCUGUGACAGUAACAGUAUUUCGAAGGAGGGGUGUUCCUAAUUGUUUCUUGCAACAGGAAUCAGAGUUACUGGUAAGUGCCAGCCUUCAGAACAACUAAGCUUCAAAAGGCUUUCUAAGCCUACUUCUGUUUGUCUGUUUCUGUGCCUGUCUAAAAAUGUAGUUAUCUUUCAACU